UGCCCUGCUGACGUACGUGGCACACAAGGUAUGUGUGGCUUCAAAUUGCUGCAGCCGUUCUGAUUUUUACAAGCACAGAGGUUUAUUCAGUGGCAAUUUGAUGUUCUGGUAGUUAGGUGAUGGCAGCUUAUUUUUGUGGAGACAGGAAUCUGGAGCUGCUGGUACAGCUUGAGCAGUGGCUUUGUUCUGUAUCUCAUGCUGGCCCCUCUUGAGGCCAUGCUGUGGGGCUGAAGGCAUACCUGAACCAUGAACAUUAAGGUACUUAGCAUUUUGGGAGGCAGAAUUGUGUAUAUUGUCAAGAACCCGUACUAAAUGACCCCCCUCUUGCAUGCUGAUUGUUUCUUCAUCCAAAUCAACUGACGGCUGAUCCAAAAUCAAGCAAUGUGGUUAUUCCCAGCUAGCUUUCUUGUCUCCUGUGAAACUCACCGUGUUUAGAUGCUGAAAUAUGAACUCUGUUUAAGACAUUUGCUGAAAAUGUGUUGGCAAAGUAGUAUUCAUCUUAGAGCAGUGUGAAAGCAGUUUUCUUGCCGCAGUUACGUGUUCUCUGUUUGGAUAGCAGAACAGCCACGGCUUGUUGCUUACACGGUGUCCAGGCAGCAGUUGCCACCUUUGGGGUGAACGUAACAGCACUGCUGGUGCAGAGAAAUUUGCCUCUCAUUAUGAGAGAUUGGAGAAUUCCUUUAAUGACACUGUUGUUAAGGAUUUAUUUUUGUACCCAAAGUGCCCUGAAUGAAAAGGCUGAAGUCCAGAAGUCUACUUGUAUGGCAUGCUCUCCUGUACGUGAAUUUGUAAUCUGUUCAUUUAUUUUAAUUGCAUGCAAGUUUAUCUUCCUUCUUGGUGGCAGUUCAGCUUUCCCUUGGUGUUUUGCUGUAGUCAGCUGAGAAGACAGACACUGAGAUCACUUUCCAGUUGUUUCUGGGUGUCUCUGGUAUUCAUCAGCCUCUUUGCUGUCCUAUGUUGCUAUGAGGAAAGGAGUCAGCAAUGACUGAUGUGGAGCCUGUGGUCACAGAUUUUGCAGCAUCAGGACGGGCAGGCCGCCGAAACGCCUUACCAGAUAUCCUGGGCUCUCCUGCUGGUGCUGGGACUUCAGAGUUGCCACACAAACUGGCUGAGCUCUCUGUUUCAGAAGAUGCAGGAGCAGAGGGUGGAGAAGUGUCAUCAUCCAAGGCCUUGCUGGAAAGUCAAGAGGCGGAAGGAAAACGCAAUGAUUCCUAACACCUAAGGACUUCUGGGUUAAUGAAUCCCAUCAACAGCCUUCCCAGUUUCCCUGUGUCACCCCUUCUGAAGUGUGGUAGCAACUUUAGCAGCACAGACAUGACUUUGCAAAACACUUGUACCUAGAUGAUUAUGCAGAUGGCAUACAGUUCUUUCUAAUGUCAUCCUUCAAAAGCAAUGUUCUGCAUAUCCAAACAGAAAGAGAGCUAAAGAAUGUAUCUCUUGUUUUCAGUUUUCUCUCUUGUUCUGGUUAUAGUGUUCUUCCUAACUAAUCUUAUUUAACAGUUCAUCUAAUUCAUGCUUUCAAAAUCAAAAUCCUGUUUCUAAUUUCCAAAACCAACUUACUUCUCUCUGACACAGAGGUUCACUCCCCACAAUGUGAUACUAAGUAUAUAUUAGAUUACAGACAUUAUCUGUAAUUUAUCUCCCGAGAUUUUUGUUCUCAUUAGACAUAUGUAGAUGGAUGUGAGAAAAAAAAAAAAUAAUUACAUAAAAUAAAAUUUUCUCCUACUCCUGUUGCCAGAAAGUUUUAUAGACUAUUUAAACAUCAGUGUUUGUUUUCUCUCCUGACCUCUAUUUGAUUAUGGCAGAUCAUCUCAGUUCUCCCACUCUUUGUAGUCUUCCCACUUUGGCCAUUCGUUUUCAUGCUGAAUAUUGUAGCUGUUCAUGUGUAUCUAACGUAAAGUAGGUAUGUUUGUAUCUGAUGAAAAUUGUUUAAUCUCACUGUGGAAAUUAAAUAUCUAUCAUCUUUUCUGUC